AUGAAACGCUGUGCUCAGAUUUGCCUGUUGCUUGCAACAAUAAUUUCAACGACAACGGCAGCAAAGACUGUUGAUCCAGAUAGAUCCCGUUUGGCUGGCAUCUAUGUGAAGGAGGGCAAUCAGAAUGGACAACUGCGAUUCUUGGCUUCUGCGCUGAGCAGCAGCUCAAGCAGCAGUUCGACUAGCAGCGGCAGCAGCAGCUUGAAUGCUGCAUUGAAUCAGUAUAUCACCAACAAACAGGAUAUGCUUGAGCAAUUGCGUCCAUCGAGCUCAAGCUCGAGCUCCGGCACCGGUCUGGGACUCAUCACGAGCGGCACUGGCACUUCUGGCACUGGCACUUCCAACAGCAAUGCCAUCUAUGUGAGUCUCGGUGGUGGCACCAGCAACAGCCCCACAUCACCCACUACGACUACCACCGGCAGCAGCAGCAGCAGCAACAGCAACACGCAGGCUGCUCUCAAUCAGGCCAUCUAUGGCUCGACGCCGAUCAACAAUUUGCUGCCCCAGAUCAUUGGACAGGCGGUUGCUCAACGUCAGGGCGUUGUCGGUGGUGGCAACAACAAUCGUCGCGGUGUCGUGCAACGUCGCCGCCGUGUUCAGAAUGGCGGACAACGGCGUCGCCGCAAGGGCAACAAGAAGGGCAAGAAUGGCAAGAAUGGCAACAAGCGUCCACAGGUUGUCGUUGUGCGUCCCCAACGUGGUUGA